AUGGAUUCACGUAUAAUAUAUGUAAUUAAAUACGUUUUCAUUUUACAUGCUUUGUGCGUUAAGGCUGAAAUACGAAAUGGUGGUAUCAUGAACAAGCUAAUCAAGGUGAAGCCUGUCGGGCCUGAUUUCGCCAAGGUAUUCGUGCCCUUGACUGAGAUCCCACCUCCCUUGAGACCGCACACUCACAGCCCCUCCGGGAGACGACACUUCGAAGACUGCGGAGACAAGCCUAAAGCCAAGGAAGUCGACGAAGGAGCUAAAGUAGAGUUUUUCGGGGAAUAUUACGACGAUCACGUGUCUAAGACCGUGGCUACUGUUAUUAUACCGGACCACAUCGAUCGCAAACAUUUCGAGGUGACAACUUCAGUUCCCUACCUGACCGUCGGGCCGAUCGAAGCUAUCGGAUACCACCCCAGCACAAUCAGCAGUGAGCACCCUCGCGAGUGCGAGAAAAUCUACCAAGAGCAUCUAGCGGAGAUUUACUCCGAUGAGACGGCUGACUACUCGGAAGAAUCGCUGGAGAUGGCCCGAAUGCCGCUCUUCCCUCAAGACAUCCCGCCACAGUCGGUGGAAGAACGCAUGGAUAAAAUGUACAGCGACAUUAACGAUGGCAAGCGGUAG